UACCCACUCCAGUAUUCUUGACUGGAGAACCCCAUGGACAGGGGAGCCUGGCGGGCUACAGUCGAUGGGGUCUCAGAGUUGGACACAACUGAGCAAUUUAAGCCUGUGCAAACACCCACUGGCAUGGAAACCAGUUCUCUUCUGUGCCUCCUAUAUGGGGAUAUGCUAGUUUCCCAAGCUGGAAUUGGUUUACCCAUCCAUGCCUUUCCUCAUAGGUAUACCCAGGUGGUCAGAGCAGGCUCUGGGAGGCUCUCCACAUUCCAGGCUGCUGCUUUGGUACCACAGAAAUCAGGUCCUCAUUCCUGGUCUGUACCCUGGAAAUAACUGUGGGUCAGAUCCCAAGAGGCCUGGUGAUGGGUCAGUGUCUAAAGCCCCCAGAACUCUUGGGGACCUAGUCACCUCGGCGGCACCACGUGAGGAAGGAAAACAAACCGUGUGCUGUACUGGAAUCUCAGCUUUGAGGAAGUAGCCCCUAGAAGCUUGGUUCCAGCCUUACUGCUGUUUGAAGGUCAACUGUCAGCCACCUUGAAGUCAGGGGUUCCAGAGACCUGUCCUGGGUAUAAGCUGCCCUACCCCUGAGGCUCUUGAGGCAGGAGCAGAGCCAGGUGGUACCCUGGACCAGGGCUGUGAUUGGCUUGAGCUGGACAAUGCCCCUGUGAUGUCGGCCCGCUCCUGCUAUGAAAUGGCGACUCCUGAGCCCUGGCUUCAGUGGAGCUGCCGUCCAGACACAGAUCAUGAGUGGCGGGUAUGAUCUCAACCUUUUCACCAGCCCUCCCGAUUGCAACUUUCUGUGUUCUGUCUGCCACGGAGUUCUCAAGACGCCAGUGAGGUUGCCGUGCAGCCACAUCUUCUGCAAGAAAUGCAUCCUCCGGUGGCUAUCCAGACAAAAGACCUGUCCAUGCUGCAGGAAAGAGGUGAGACGGAGAAAGAUUGUCCAUGUGAAUAAACUCCAGAAGAUCAUUGGCCGCUUGGAAGUCAAGUGCAGGAACGCCGAAGCUGGCUGCCAGGUGACGUGCCCCCUGGCCCAUCGCAAGGGACACCAGGACUCAUGCCCCUUCGAGCUGAUGGUCUGCCCCAAUGAAGGCUGCACGCUGCGGGUGCCUCGUGGGGCCCUGGCUGAGCACAGGCAGAACUGCCAGCACGGUGCCCAUCAGCGCUGCUCCCUGGGCUGCGGGGCCACCCUGGGCCCAGCCGAGCGUGCAAACCACAACUGCUACCAGGAACUGCGAGAGGCCUGGUGCCAGCACCAGCAGCGCAGCCGGAGCCUGGUGCUCUGCCUGCUGCGGCACAUGCGCAAAAUGCACCGGACCACUGGCCUCAUCCGCCGGCAGCUGGCAGAAUUCCUGGAGGAAGAUGACCCCCUGCUCGCGGGUGCCCCGCAAGAGGGGGCUGAGGCCACCCCCGAAGGCAGCAUUGGGGCUGAGGUUGGGGGCCCCAGGGCCAAGCUACCUUGUAAAUAG